AUGGCCGUUAUUCCGGCCUCCUCCACUAUAUCUCGUGGAUUUCCCAUGCUGCCUGCUGUUGCACCGAUGGCCUCCAUGGGGCGGCCUUGGUGCGAGGGCCCAGGUCCCAUAAGAUGGCGGGAAGAACAAAGAGGGCAGGCAAGGAGCGCGGGAGAUAUCCUGGGUCAGGGGUACGUACCCCCGGAACGGCCCUCCCUCACCUCACCUACCUUACCCACCGCCACCGCCACCACCACCACCAACGGGGUCAAGACCCCGGAAGGGGGCGACCUCGGAGACCCGGGCCUUCGGUGGGCAUGGCAUCUCAUUCGCCUGGGUCAAGCCGAAAGGAAGGUUGCGGAUGGAGCAAAAAGGGUGGGCGGCAAGAACCGCGAGAAAUCAAAUGGCGUUGUUUGA